AUGUCGAUAACAAGAUCCCUCGCAGCCUUUGCGCUCCUCACUUCAACUCUCGCCCUAUCAGACAACACAAGACCUCUCAAGGCUCGUGAUUCGGUUUGCACACCAUCAGCCGGUGGAUCUGCCUCAAUCGACGAUGUUCCCGCUAUCACAUCGGCAAUUGCCUCAUGCGGCAAGGGAGGCACUAUAGUUAUUCCCGCCGGCAAAACCUACUACCUGAACAGCGUACUAGAUUUUGCGGGAUGUGUUGGUUGUGAUUUCCAAGUAGAAGGACUUUUGAAAUUCAGCUCAUCGACUGAUCUCUGGGAGGGAGAGACAGCAAUGAUCAAUGUCAAGAAUAUUGAUGGACUUAAAAUCAGAUCUUUGACGGGAAGUGGAGUUAUUGACGGAAAUGGGCAAAAUGCAUGGGACCUUUUCGCGGCUGACAGCAGCUACGCCCGCCCAACCCUCCUCUACAUCACCGGCGGCUCUAACAUCGAGGUAUCAAACCUUCGCCAAAAAAACCCGCCCAACGUGUUCAACUCCGUCAAAGGCAACACCAAGACCGUGAUAUUUGCUGAUCUCACAAUGGAUGCCACAUCCAAAAGCAAGAAUGAGCCGAAGAACACAGACGGCUUCGACAUCGGCGCCAGCACAGACGUCGUCAUCAGCAAUGUGAACGUGAAGAACGACGAUGACUGUGUGGCAUUCAAGCCCGGUGCAGACGGUGUCACAGUCACGGAUAUUACCUGCACCGGAAGCCAUGGACUCUCGGUAGGAUCACUGGGCAAGAGUUCCGCCGACUGGGUGAAGAAUGUGCACGUGUCCGGCGCGACGAUGAUUGACUCGACUAAAGCGGCGGGUAUCAAGACGUAUCCCACUGGUGGAAGUCAUGGCAUGUCAACAGUGAGCAAUGUUACCUUCACGGGUGUUGUGGUUGAUGGGUGUGACUAUGCAAUCCAGAUUCAGAGUUGCUAUGGAGAGGAUGCCGAUUACUGCGUGGAUAAUCCUGGAAAUGCGGAUUUGAAUGGUAUCGUUUUUGAGAAGUUCAGUGGCACCACGAGUGGGAAGUAUAAGGCUGUUACGGGCAGUCUUGCUUGUGGAUCUGGUGGAACUUGUGAUGUCAAGGUUGAUGCAUAUACUGUUAAGGCGCCAUCCGGGGGUAGUGAGGUGCUGUGUGCUAAUACCCCGUCGAAUUUGGGGGUGACAUGCACACCCGGGGCCUCUGGCUAA